AGAAAGAGGAGAGCAAUGAAUCUCAGCUUGCAAGAUCCAUUCAGGUCAGGUGAUGUACCAGAGUCGGUCGAGUACUACUUGCGCGACCCAGCUGGUGACAAAGCCAACUGUCUUCAAUACAAUAGACGUGGUCUGUUACUAUGCGUUGGCAAUCAAUCAGGUUCAGUGACCAUCUGGGACUUUGAGACAAUGUCUAUAGCAAGGCAACUGAUCGAACAUAAACAAUGUGUCAACUCUGUAGGAUGGACUAGAGAUGGCAAGAAGAUCAUCAGUUGUAGUAAUGAUGGUUCAUUGAUACUUUGGAAUGUUGUGACUGCAACAAUGGAGGUGAAGAUGGAGUUUGAAUCAGCAUCUCCACUGCUACAUUGUCAGCUACACCCAAGGAACAAUGACCUUUGUAUAGUAUGUCCUUCAGGUUCACCUCCACUCCUGGUCGACCUUUCAACCAAGAAGACGACGCCCCUUAUAGCAGUAUAUAGUAGGAAUGGAAAGAGGAUUGUCAUUGGAGAUUGGAAGGGUCAGAUCACAUUCUUGGACCCAAAGACAUUGGCAGUGGAUCGCACGAUAAAGAUACCAUCUGGCGCAGGCAUCAAGGAGUUUGAGUUCAGUCGCAAUGGUAGAUACAUGCUGGUCAACGCCACAGACAAGAUCAUCAGAUUGUACAGCUUGGAGAUGGACGCAUUCGUCCGAGACUUCCAAGACAUCAUCAACAGAGUACAGUGGCGAAGCUGUACCUUUAGCAACAACUGCGAGUAUAUCCUAGCGGGAAUGCAACACAAGUCCAAACAGAGCAUGUUGGUGUGGAGCAUCAAUGGAGGCUUGGUCAAGGACUUGGAGGGCCCAAAGGAAGGCCUGCACCAUGCCUACUGGCAUCCUCUGCGUCCCCUCAUACUGACGAUCGGUGUGAGUGGCGUGAUCUUUGUCUGGUCACUAGUCUACACAGAGCGAUGGAGUGACUUUGCGCCAGAGUUCAAGGAGCUAGAAGAGAAUGAAGAGUAUGUGGAGCGCGAGGAUGAGUUUGAUGCGCCGCCCGACACUGGCGCCGAUCAGGACAAACAGGGUGCAACAGCCAAUGACGACAAGAUGAAGAUAGACGACAAGACAGAGAAUGAGGAUGUUGACAUCACAACAAUCGACAGGAUAUCAGAGUUUAGUAGCGAUGAGGAGGAAGAAGUAUUUAUAUUUAGGACAGUACCCGAGUCUAAUGUC